UCGAAUUCUGUGCAAGUUGCAUUAACAACUAGAUUAGUUUUAUACAACACUCCAAAGCUUGUGGCACCCACCUCUGUCUGCGGGGCGUGAAAUGUUAAGGAUUCACGUCAAAAUGGGUCCGCAACGUAGUCAUCAUCCCAGCAACAACAACAACAGCAAUGGCACCGCCACCAGCAGCAAUGGCAAUCGCCAGCACAAGGAGUUUACGUGCUGUUUUGGUCUGCAUGUCCAUACGGCCACCCUGAUGAUUGGAUUGUGGCAUUUGUUCCUCAACAUUUUGGCCCUGAGCGUUCUUGCGGUCAUCUGGCGCAACCCCGAGAUGAUGGACGAGUUGGAAAGCGGCAGCCAUGACUACACUGUGGAUCUCAAUGCACCGGCCUUGCCGACGCCCCUGAGCAAAGUGGAUCCGCCCUACGCCUACCGCGACCAUUCCCUCAACUAUCGUAAGCGUGAGCAGAACUUUGACAUGGGCGGACUGGUGUGCACCUGCAUGAUAGCCAUCACACUGAUGAUGAUCUAUGGAACCAUCAAGGGGAAACCGUCGCAUCUGUUGCCCUUCUUCUGUCUGCAGCUGUUUGACUUCGCCAUAACGACCCUCACCGCCGCUGGCUAUCUGUGCUACCUACAGGCGAUCCAUCGCAUCAUUGCCGAGUCUCACCGCUUGCCCUGGCGCGAGAAGCUGCUGGAGCUGCCGCCUGAGGAGCUUGUCGUGGUGGUUCUCGUCGUUUUCGUGUGCAUUGUAUUCCUGAAGGCCUACUGCAUUGGCAUUGUCUGGCGCUGUUACAAGUACCUGACUCUGCGUCAGCAACAUAUCCGCACUUUGUUCCCCUUCCUCGAGACGGGAUCCGGGAUCAAUGGUGUGGGCGGCACCUUUGGGGCUGAGGAGCGUGCCUACUCCACUCUGUUGCCCAACUAUGAUGAGGCCAUUGCUCAGUACUUGAAGCAGGCACCGCCGCCAUCCUAUCAGGUGGCCAUGUCCAACUACCAAGAGGAUCAGGCCGGAGAAGCUGGCGGUGCUGAAGCAAAUCCUGGUGUGCCCCCCCUGUUCGUGGCUCUGGAUGCAGUGGCCACUGCAAACGCCGCCUCUAUUAUGGAUGAUAAUGAUAACAUGGAUAACAACAACGAAAUGCCGAACAACAACAACACGAUGCACGUGAAUGCCAACACGCCUCCAAUGCGACGCAGUGAUGUUGCCCUUGGCCCCAUUUCCGAUGACGAUGAUGAUCUGGAGGUGAUCGACGCAGGCCUAGAUACGAUGGAGAGCAUUCCACCGCCGCCGCCGUACAACGAUGUGGCCGAUGCCGAAGUGCAGGUGCCAUCCCCGUCCGCGGUAGAUCGUCAGGUCAACAUAACACCUGGGCGCAAUGAAAGCCAGGCCUAAGUUGUGAUUUCUUUAAGUUUGUUUCUCACUAUGUAACCGUGAUGUGAGCGCGUGCUCGCAUUACUAGCAUCCACAUCCUCGUCUUGCCCAGCCGCACAACGUUUUUUUGGUUAUCAUUACUUGGCUCAUUCCGUUUCCUCCAUCAAUCAGGUGCACUCUUGCGUUUAUACAUAUAUGCUCUAUAUACCUCUAUCUAUACAUAUAUAGUAUGUAUUUAUGCAUAAAUGUGUUGAAAAGUGUUUUAGCAAAUGAAAAAUUUGAAGUAAUUCCCAUUUA